CAAUCGGCGUGCAGUGUCCCAACAGGAGAACUGCGUGUUACCGUUGGAAGGACAGCGCGUUUAUUAAGCCCGGAGUGCUUUUUAAAACAUCUCUGCAGAUCGAUGGCUGGACGGGUGACGCUCUGACGCGGACAGUGGGAAUGCAUACCGCUGCUAGGCUGUGGCCGGUAAUGAUUGGAAGGAUUAAUGAAAGGAGGACGCGGUGCGCGGUCUUGCAACAGCACUGGACAGACAGCACCCGGAUGCAACGUUAGGACUCUGAGGGUUGACACAAGGCCUAGUAAUACGAUUCAACAAUGUGAACGAGCUCUUGCACGCCUGAUGGGAUGCAGAAGAUCAUCACCACACUGGCUGUGAAGAACGAGGAGAUCCAGAACUUCAUUCUGCUGCUCAAACAGAGGCUGCAGAAUAUAGAGGUGAACUCCAGUAAGGCUCAGGCAGAGCUGGAGUCGGAGUUCAGCUGUCUGUACAGCGUCCUGGACGAGCUGAAGGACAGCAUGCUGACCAAGAUCAAGCAGGAGAGAGCGAGCAAGACUUACGAGCUGCAGACUCAGCUGAGUGCGUGCACGAAGGCCCUGGAGAGCUCGGAGGAGCUGCUGGAACUGGCCAAUCAGACGCUGUGCACGGCUGAGAGUGACGACUUCAACCAGGCUGCUAGGCAGAUUAAGGAUAGUGUUACCAUGGCACCCGCGUUCCGCCUGUCUCUCAAGGCCAAGGUCAGCGAUAGUAUGAGCCACCUGAUGGUGGACUUCAGCCGGGAGCGAAGCCAGCUGAAGAGCCUGUCCUUCCUGCCAGUCCCUGGGACCCCUGUGAUUGAUCUCUCCCAGUGCCUGGUUGCUGAUAACUGUGUGACUCUGGUGUGGAGCGUCCCGGGGGAGGAUGCCAAGAUCGAACACUUCGACCUGGAGUACCGGCGCACCGACCAGGAGGGGGCGCCACGUGGCAGAGAGGAGCACCCCUGGAUGGUGGUGGAGGGGAUCCGAGAGAGCGAGUACACCCUGAGCGGUCAGCGGUUCGACACGCGGUUCAUGACGUUCCGUGUGAAGGCGUGUAACAAGGCCGUGGCGGGAGAGUUCUCCGAGCCCGUUACCCUGGAAACCAGUGCCUUCGUGUUCAAGCUGGACUCCAGCUCCUCUCAUCAGAACCUGCGUGUGGAGGGUCUCAGUGUGGAAUGGGACUCGACGGGGGGGAAGGUGCUGGAGAUGAAGAAGGAGAUGAAGACCCGGCCGGCCUCCCCGCUUAACUCCCCGGCCAGGUCUGCCAUGAUGAUGUCACCCAAGAGAACGCCCAUGGCACGGGGGAGCCGGGAUCGAUUCACAGCCGAGUCCUACACUGUGCUGGCGGACACCUCGCUGGACUGCGGGCAGCACUACUGGGAGGUGCGUUUCGAUAAGGACAGCAAGGCGUUCGCGGCCGGCCUCGCGCUGCGCUCCCUCGGGAAAUUCGACCAGCUCGGCAAGACCAGCGCCUCCUGGUGUCUGCAUCUGAACAACUGGCUGCAGGUCAGCUUCACCGCCAAGCACAACAACAAGGCCAGGAGCCUGGAGGGGCCGGUGCCAGACAGACUGGGACUGUACUGCAACUACGAGGAGGGUCUCCUCUCAUUCUAUAACUCUCAGACCAAGCAGCUGCUCCACACCUUCAAGACCAAGUUCACUCAGCCUGUGGUGCCGGCCUUCAUGGUGUGGAAUGGAAGCUUCUCGGUGCAGAUUGGCCUGCAGGUCCCGAGCGCCAUCAAGUGUCUCCAGAAACGCAACAGCGGAACCAGCAGCUCCACCGCCAGCUUGACCUAGAACCGGGGAGUGGAGCGGCACCUAGAACCGGGGAGCAGAACGGUGCCUACAACUUCCCCAAGUGAAUUCCCACUUACUCCACAAAUACAGCCAGAAUACACUCGUGUGCGUGUGCGUGUGCGUGUGCGUGUGCGUGUGGUGCUGCUACUGCUGCAUUUUUAAUUAACUUCAUGGGAUUGAUGGUGCCACCUAGUGGCUACUGUACUGGCCCAGUGUUCUGCAAGUUCUGUAGCGAUGAUGUCACAAUACCCCUGUAGAAUUCUCAGCUGUCUCACUAACAGCAUUAGUCCUGCUGUGACCAGGUGCUGCCACCUGCUGUUAGAAUACCAGAUUGCUUAAUUAUAUAUAUAUUUUUUAAUUACAGCUGGUUUAAUUCAGUUCAGUUUAUUAAUGAUUAACCAGGACAAGAACUGUAGUUCACUGACCCAUGCUAAGAAAAACAUUUUGGCUUUCAAAAAAAUAUCUGUCCUGGUUUUGCGUUUUGUUUAAAUUGGAAGCAUCGCUGUGUAUUAACUCCUUCUGUAGAGGGAGACAGAGGGUAAGGGUGAGAGACACAGAGACAGAUUGACAGACAGACAUUUAUUUCCUCAGUUUAUGAAAUCCUGCGAUCACAAAAGCUACAGAUUAUAGAUCACAGAUGUUUUUCCUGUGCCAGUAUGAAGUCAUUAAUGUUUACCCUAGAAUCGACACGAGAAAGUCUUUCCAGCAGAGUUUCCUCAGCCCUGCAAAGGAAGGCUGUGUAGCCCUUGACAUUACCAGAGUCACCUUACCCACUUAUAGUAGGAAUAACACUGAUCAUAAUUAUAUGUAGACAUGCUUAACCUUCAGGUAUAUAGUGUUAUGUUAAUAUUUCCUGAAUUAUCAUGUUUCAUUCCGCUCUUCAGGUUUAAACUGAGUACACCGGCAAUUACCCUUACUGACCAGCAGGUGUCACCAUUGCUCCUUAACUGUGACGAAGGGAUUUUUUUUAUACAGCAAAAUUGUGAAUUAAAGGGGAAGGCCUCUGCUCUCUUCCAGGCUCAAUGUGCCUUCUGAUCAUCACCCCCC